AUGACCCGCCACACUAAGACCCACCACACUGAGACCCGUCACAUUAAGACCCGCCACGCUAAGACCCGCUACACUAAGACCCGCCACGCUAAGACCCGCCACACUAAGACCCGCCACGCUAAGACCCGCCACACUAAGACCCGCCACACUAAGACCCGCCACGCUAAGACCCGCCACACUAAGACCCGCCACACUAAGAUCCGCCACACUAACACCCGCCACACUAAGACCCGCCACACUAAGACCCGCCACGCUAAGACCCGCCACGCUAAGACCCGCCACACUAAGACCCGCCACACUAAGAUCCGCCAUACUAAGACCCGCCACACUAAGACCCGCCACACUAAGACCCGCCACACUAAGAUCCGCCACACUAAGACCCGCCACACUAAGACCCGCCACACUAAGACCCGCCACACUAAGACCCGCCACACUAAGACCCGCCACGCUAAGACCCGCCACACUAAGACCCGCCACACUAAGACCCGCCACACUAAGACCCGCCACACUAAGACCCGCCACACUAAGAUCCGCCACACUAAGACCCGCCACACUAAGACCCGCCACGCUAAGACCCGCCACGCUAAGACCCGCCACGCUAAGACCCGCCACACUAAGAUCCGCCACACUAAGACCCGCCACACUAAGACCCGCCACACUAAGACCCGCCACACUAAGAUCCGCCACACUAAGACCCGCCACACUAAGACCCGCCACGCUAAGACCCGCCACACUAAGACCCGCCACACUAAGACCCGCCACACUAAGACCCGCCACACUAAGACCCGCCACACUAAGACCCGCCACGCUAAGACCCGCCACACUAAGACCCGCCGCACUAAGAUCCGCCACGCUAAGACCCGCCACACUAAGACCCGCCACACUAAGACCCGCCACACUAAGACCCGCCACACUAAGACCCGCCACGCUAAGACCCGCCACACUAAGAUCCGCCACACUAAGACCCGCCGCACUAAAACUCGCCACGCUAAGACCCGCCACACUAAGACCCACCACGCUAAGACCCGCCACACUAAGACCCACCACGCUAAGAUCCGACGCACUAGGACCCGCCGCACUAAGACCCACCACGCUAAGACCCGCCACACUAAGACCCGCCACAUUAAGACCCACCACCAGGGGGGAGGCAUGGAGUCUCGCGACUGGCAGUACAUGCUUACCCGCCACACUAAGACCCACCGCGCUAAGACCCGCCACACUAAGACCCGCCACACUAAGACCCACCACGCUAAGACCCACCACACAAAGACCCACCACGCUAAGACCAGCCACACUAAGACCCACCACGCUAAGACCCACCACGCUAAGACCCGCCACACUAAGACCCACCACGCUAAGAUCCAUCGCACUAAGACCCGCCGCACUAAGACCCGCCACGCUAAGACCCGCCACACUAAGACCCACCACACUAAGACAGGCCACACUAAGACCCGCCACACUAAGAUCCGCCACACUAAGACCCGCCGCACUAAGACCCGCCACACUAAGACCCACCGCACUAAGACCCGCCACACUAAGACCCGCCGCACUAAGACCCGCCACGCUAAGACCCGCCACACAAAGAACCGCCACACUAAGAUCCGCCGCACUAAGACCCGCCACACUAAGACCCGCCGCACUAAGACCCGCCACACUAAGACCCGCCGCACUAAGACCCGCCACACUAAGACCCGCCACACUAACACCCGCCACAUUAAGACCCACCACGCUAAGACCCGCCACACUAAGACCCGCCACACUAAGACCCGCCACACUAAGACCCACCACGCUAAGACCCACCACACUAAAACCCGCCACACUAAGACCCACCACACUAAGACCCACCACACUAAGACCCACCACACUAAGACCCUCCACACUAAGACCCACCACGCUCCGUCACGCUGUCCCCCGCCCCACUACAACCCGCCACGCCCUCGCUUCUCCUUCCCGGCGCCUGGCUGA